UUAUCGUGGCGUCUAAUCUCUUCAAUAUUGGUUUUUUGUAUUUGGCGUUGGCGUGCGAAAAUAAUUAAGAAAAUAAAGAAAUAGAAUUGGCCACCAUGAACACAUUGGGACCCAAAAAGGACGGAAGUCCGAAUAUAGAAUUUUUCCAUUCGCCCGAGACGCUACAGGGCUUCGAAUCCAUACGUCUGUGGCUGCAAAAGAAUUGUAAAAAGUAUCUGGCCCAUAGCUCAGAACCGAUUACCAAGGAAUCAUUGGCUCAACUACUGCUUAACUUUCUACAAUAUGUUGAGGCCAAGUUGGGUAAAAACUCGGUUGAGCCGCCGGCGACACGAAUUCCGAUGCGGUGUUUUCUGGAUUUUAAGAACGGCGGUGGACUUUGCAUUAUUUUUUCAACGAUGUUUCGUUUCCGGGCCGAGCAACGAGGCAAGAAAUUUGAUUUUUCAAUCGGCAAGAAUCCCACUCGCAAGGAUCCCAAUAUUCAGCUGUUAAUUGAGAUCGAGCAGGCUUUGGUUGAGGCGGAUUUAUAUCGGAUACCUUACAUUUAUAUAAGACCCGAGAUCGAAAAGAGUUUCGAGGGUCGUUUGCGUGAAAUUCUUGACAAUCGUCGAGUUGAGAUUGUCACCGAUGAAGAGGAUGCCACACAUAUUGUAUAUCCGAUUGUAGAUCCGCAUCAAGAUGAGUAUGCGCGACCCAUAUUUAAGCGGGGCAAUCAUGUUAUGCUUCAUUGGUAUUAUUUCCCAGAAUCGUAUGAUUCUUGGACAGUGAAUAAUUUCGAUUUGCCUGAUAACAUACCAGAGAAUCCGGAAUCACCUGGCGAACGUUGGCGUGUGUCGGCCUCAUGGAUUUUAGAUCUAGAGCAAUACAAUGAAUGGAUGGCCGAAGAGGAUUACGAAGUGGAUGAGCAGGGCAAGAAGAAGACGCACAAGCAGCGAAUGUCCAUCGAUGAUAUCAUGUCAUUCGGUGAUGAGAAGAAGAAGCCUAGCACAAGCACUGCCACAGGCAAGCAAAAGCGUCGCCGUUCGCCAUCACCAACCACAUCAACAUCGACAUCCAAGCCGGGUAAACGUAAGCCGGCUGUGAUCCAUAAGAAAUCACGCAACGAUGACGACGACGAGGAUCUGACACGGGAUCUAGACGAUCCGCCGGCAGAGCCCAAUGUCCAGGAAGUGCACAAGGCAAAUGCUGCCCUUCAAUCAACAGCCAGUCCGGCUCCUGGUGGCAAAUCUCGCGGUGACAAUGAUAUGAUGCCCAUUAAGGGUGGCACAAUGACCGAUCUCGACGAUGAGAUGACCGGCGGCAGUGCUGCUGCCCAGGCCCUAAGCACCGGAGACGGCGAGAACUCUCAGACAGGCAAAACUAGCGACAACAGUAAUACGCAAGAGUUCUCAUCAUCGGCCAAGGAAGACAUGGAGGACAAUGUCACAGAGCAGACACAUCACAUCAUUGUGCCCUCGUACUCGGCCUGGUUUGAUUACAAUUCCAUUCAUGUCAUUGAGAAGAGAGCUAUGCCCGAGUUCUUUAACAGCAAGAAUAAAUCCAAGACUCCAGAGAUUUACAUGGCCUACAGGAACUUUAUGAUUGAUACAUAUAGACUCAAUCCAACGGAGUACUUGACUAGUACAGCCUGUCGGCGCAAUUUAGCCGGCGAUGUCUGCGCCAUUAUGCGGGUCCAUGCAUUCCUCGAGCAAUGGGGCUUGAUUAACUAUCAGAUCGAUGCCGAUUUGCGACCCACACCCAUGGGACCUCCUCCUACUUCACAUUUCCAUAUAUUAUCCGAUACGCCGUCUGGAUUGCAAGCCAUUAAUCCUCAAAAAACCCAACAGCCAUCGGCGGCAAAAACAUUGCUCGAUUUGGACAAGAAACCCCUGGGUAAAGAAGGUGCUGGCACAUUGGAGAUCGGGGACAAGGCCAUUAAAACCGAGGCCUUAGAGAAUGGAGCGGCAAGCGGUGGCUUGGCUUCCGGUGUGAGUCAAUUUGGACUCAAAUUGGAUCAGUAUGCCAAGAAACCAGCAGCAAUGAGGAAUCGCACUGCGGCCAGUAUGGCUCGUGAGUGGACAGAUCAAGAGACACUUUUAUUGCUCGAGGGACUCGAGAUGCAUAAAGAUGAUUGGAAUAAAGUGUGUGAACAUGUUGGAUCUCGCACCCAAGAUGAAUGCAUUCUCCAUUUUCUCCGGCUGCCCAUUGAGGAUCCUUAUCUAGAGGAUGAUGGUGGCUUCCUUGGUCCUCUGGGAUGUCAGCCCAUACCUUUUAGUAAAUCGGGCAAUCCCAUAAUGUCCACAGUGGCUUUUCUUGCCUCUGUUGUCGAUCCCCGUGUUGCUGCAGCAGCAGCCAAAGCGGCUAUGGAGGAAUUUGCGGCAAUCAAGGAUGAGGUGCCCGCUACUAUAAUGGACAAUCAUAUGAAAAAUGUGGAAAAGGCUUCGGUUGGCGGCAAAUUCAAUCCCAAUUUUGGACUGGCUGAAAGCGGCAUUGCUGGCACUGGCAAUGACAAGGAGGAUGAAGAGGCAUCUAACAAGGAGGGCGCCAGCGCCAAAGAGGCAACCACUAACGAUGAGGAAAUGAAGGAUCUAAGCAAAAAAGACGACGAUGCAACAUCCAAAGACAAAACGAAAACGGAUAAGCCCAACACCACCACAAACACAGACUCAGGUUCAAGUUCAAGUUCAUCAUCAACAACAACAACAACACCAACAACAACAGCAGGGACAAACAACACUGACAAGAAAUCGAAAGAGACCACUUCGAACAACAAAUCAGAGAAAUCAAACAAAUCCUCCCCCACAGAACCAGGCACCAGUGGCGGCGAUGUGCAUGACAUCAAAACAGAGGACACCACCAGUGGCGAUGGCGAGCCCAAGGAUGCCACCAGCAGCAGCUCCGAUGCAGCGGCUCCAUCGAAAGAUGGUGCAUCUAAUUCCACCACCACGGUAGCCAAAGAGGGGGCAUUCAGUGAAAAUAACAUGCAAACUGCAGCUGCUGCUGCUCUAGCUUCGGCCGCCGUCAAGGCCAAGCAUCUGGCUGCAUUGGAGGAGCGCAAAAUCAAGUCUCUGGUUGCUCUGUUGGUGGAGACGCAAAUGAAGAAGCUGGAGAUCAAGUUGCGUCAUUUCGAGGAACUGGAGGCUACCAUGGAGCGGGAGCGUGAGGGUCUCGAGUAUCAGCGACAACAGUUAAUCACCGAGCGACAACAAUUCCAUCUAGAGCAAUUGAAGGCAGCCGAGUUUCGAGCUCGACAGCAGGCGCAUCAUCGCUUGCAACAGGAGCUGCAACAGCAGCAGCAACAGCAGGUCCAGCCGUCUGGUUCGAUUAUAGUUCAGCAACAGCCGACGGCACCAGCUCAGCAGCAGCAGCAGCCACCGCAACCAGGAGCUGCUGGGCAACCGGUUCCGCCACAUAUUCAGCAUCAUGCUGGACAGCAGCCGCCAGCACAACAAACGCAACAACCACCCCAUCCCCUGCAACAGGCACAGCCGCAACAGCAGCAGCAACCCCAACCGCUGCCACCACAACCACAACAACAACAUCAGCCGUUGCCACCACAUCUAGCAGCUGCUGCCGGAGGGCCACCACCCAAUGGGGCAACAUUUGCCACACCGCCCACAGUUCCCGUCGGAGCAGUUGGGGCAACACCGGCGGCAGCAGCACCAGCUGCUCCGGGUGGGCCACCUGGACCUGGACCAGUUGGUGUGGAACCAGCCGUUAGUAGUGCACCAGCAGCUCAAGCUCCGACGCCUAUGGAUACUACACCGCCAGCCCAUACUUCCCCAUCGGAGGCGGUAGCUCCUGCUCCAGCUGUCCCAAAUAUUGGCAGCAUUCCCCCAGUCGGUGGAUCUGGUGGUGCAGCACCUCCUCCAGUUGCCGUUCCCAAUGCUCCACCACCGCCGUCAUCAUCAUCAUCCUAAUUUUUAAACUUAGUUUAAGUUGUACGCUCUCAGUAUGUAAUUUGUAUACUUUUAAUCAACUUUCGCUGUCCACAAUUCCGUUUUCCCUUAUCUUGUAAACGUUUUGUCCCCACCCAAUCUGAAUAAAGGCCCCUCACAUUGGGCACUGGUGACUGGUAGGCACUGCCAAAUUAGACAAGGUCGCCUCCACCUCUAGGAUCAUUCAUUUCCCCACUAAAUAACCCAAAUUUGCAUUCAAUUAAAAUCUAUAUAUAUACCUAUA